AUGGAUUCGUCAUAUCGCCCUUCGUUCGCUGGCCAUAAACGAAAGCUCAACGCGGUUGAAUCCGAUGAAGACGAGGACUACAGGCCCGCAUUUGGCUUCCAAAAUUUUGCUCGACCUUCGUCGCGCUCACCGUCUCCUCCCACCACCAUGAAACCUGCGAAUCGCCCGUCAUGGCGCAACCAAAACAACUCAUCCCCGAAGCCUGGUGGUGGAGGGAAACCGGGGUCGUCUAUGGGUGCAAACUCCUUUGCCGCCCGGAUGAUGGCAAAAAUGGGAUAUGUUGAAGGCCAGGGUCUUGGUGCAAGCGGUCAGGGUAUCGUCAAUCCCGUGGAACAUGUUUUGAGACCGCAGGGAGUUGGGUUGGGAGCCGUAAAGGAAAAGUCUCGACAGGCAAAAGAGGAGGCGAAGCGUGAGGCGGCCAGGAAAGGCGAGACGGUGGAAGAUAGUUCAGAUGAGGAGCUUGACAGGCGCCAGCGCCGCAGACAAGAGCGCAGGAGGCAAGACGAGAGUGGUAGCGGGACAAGCACGCCCAGAGCCCCCCCGAAACGGAGAUAUAGAACCGCACGCGAGAUUGAAGCCGAUACGGCUGGCUUGGAAAUCCCUAACGUUUUAAAAUCAUUGAUUGAUGCAACGGGGAAAGAGCAAAAGCUGCUUACGUCAACAGCGGGCUUGAUGACUUCGGUGGAUUUUGUUAGCUCGAAGGAAAGCGAAGCUCUAAAAAUUGCCCGCAAAGCCCGCAAUGAGCUGGAAGCCUUUGCUGAUGAGUGGAAAGGCCUAGUUGAAAGGGAACAGUUUGUUGAGAGGGAAAAAGCUCAGGUACAAGAAGAGAUGGACGAAACGGAGAGGAAACUCGAGCGGUUAACGUCAUUGCAUACUACAGUUGAAGCCUUGGAAAAUAUGAGCAUCGAAGACAGUCUUGAUGGUCGAUGGGAGCAGACGACGAAGCAAUUGGAAGACAUUGCAAGUCAGUAUCAAGACAUUGCAGAUGAAUAUUCGCUAUCGGAAAUUGCCGUCGCGGCUGUUCAGCCCCUUUUCCGGCAGUCAAUGGAAGAAUGGGAGCCCCUUACUAAACCGGAUUAUCUCGUCUCCAACAUUCAACGGCUUCAUAGUAUUAUGAAUUCGAAGAAGGGAGAUGUGGAUGUCGAGGAGGAAUUUCGUCCCAGAAAGUCCACGACUCUUUAUGAAACUUUAUUCUACACUCUCUGGCUCCCUCGCGUUCGCUCCGUUUUACUUAACGAUUGGGAUGUGAAUGAGCCUACUCCAGCUACAUCGUUAGUGGAUGCUUGGAAGGAUAUUGUCCCGCAAUUUGUCCUCUCAAAUAUCCUCGAUCAAGUUAUUGUUCCGAAACUAAGCACAGCAUUAAAAGACUGGAAACCCAAGAGAAGGAGGCGUAACGGUUCUUCAGAACAAUUUCCGUGGUUCCUGUUCGAUUGGUUACGCUACCUUGGCGAUCAUCAUACAGAUCCGAAGGCGCCCAGUGGUAUCCUCUCGGAUGUGAAGCGCAAGUUCCGCAGUGUUUUGGACAAGUGGGAUCUUAAAAAAGGGCUGCUCAAUGAUAUUGACCUGUGGAAAGAUGUACUCGGUUCUGAGUUUGAUAAGUCUCUCAGAAACCACCUUCUCCCUAGGUUAGCAAGGCACAUGCGGGAAAACUUCGAGGUUAAUCCGCAAGAUCAAGAUCUAGCAGCUUUUGAAGAUGUGAUGAAAUGGAGGCCUUAUUUCAAGCCCAACGUCCUAGCACUCCUGCUCUGCGCCGAAUUCUUUCCUAAAUGGCUCUCUAUUCUACACCUUUGGUUAACCUCAGACCCUUCCUACGAAGAAGUAGGUCAGUGGCUGGUGUGGUGGAAGUCGCAGAUACCGGAAGAAAUCAACGCCGUGAACGAAGUUGUUGAAGAAUGGAAUCGAGGUCUCGAGAUGAUGAAUCUAGCCCUUGAUCUGGGCGAGAAGGCGAGAACGGACCUUCCACCCCCAGAUGUCAAAGACCAUCAGAACCAUCUGCAGAAACAAAUACACGAGAAGCACGAUCAAGAUCCCAAAGAGCAAACAUAUCAACCUGCCCGUAAAGCGAAGCAAAUCGAAGAGCCCACGUUUAGGGACAUGGUUGAAGAAUGGUGUGCUGAAGAAGGCUUACUCAUGAUUCCACUUCGCGAAGCACAUGUUAAAAGCGGGCUGCCGCUAUUUAGAAUAACCGCGAGCGCCAGUGGGAAAGGAGGUGUGCAAGUGUAUCUUAAAGGAGAUGUGGUGUGGGCACAAAAUAGGAAAGCGAGAGAGAUUUGGGAGCCGGUUGGCUUAGAUGAUGACCUUAUAGCAAAAGCGGAGGGGAAAUAA